CAGCUGGAGGAUGAGAUGACCGACAGCUCCAAAACGGACACCCUGAAUAGUAGCUCCAGCGGCACAACAGCCUCCAGCAUCGAGAAGAUCAAAGUGCAGGCCCACGCACCCCUCAUCAAGCCCCCAGCACACCCGUCUGCUAUCCUCACCGUCCUGAGAAAGCCAAACCCUCCGCCACCUCCCCCGCGGUUGACCCCUGUGAAGAGUGAAGAGCCCCCGAGAGGGGUGCCAACGGUCAAUCCUGUGAAGACGAAUGGUACCCUCCUGCGAAAUGGAGGCUUUCCCGGGGCACCCAACAAAAUUCCAAAUGGAGACGUCUGCUGCAUACCCGCUAGUACCUUGGACAAGGCUCCCGGACGGCCUCUGAAGCACAGACCUGAAAAAGACAGGUGCCUCCAGGCAGGGCCUCGGGAACGAGUUCGGUUUAAUGAAAAAGUACAGUACCAUGGCUAUUGUCCCGACUGUGACACCCGGUAUAACAUAAAAAACAGGGAGGUCCAUUUACACGGCGAACCUGUCCACCCAUCGGAAAAGCUUCCUCACCCAGGCCCCCCCCUCCCUCCUCCACCCCACCUCCCUCCUUUUCCACUGGAAAACGGGGGGCUGGGAAUAAGCCACAGUCACAGUUUCCCCCCUCUCAGACCUGCAACUGUGCCUCCUCCCACUGCACCAAAACCACAGAAGACAAUCUUGAGGAAAUCAACCACUACAACAGUGUGAUGUAUGCCAUUUCCAAAACCUUUUUGUUUUUG